AUGUGCAAAAUAGUAUAUAUAAUCAGUUCAGUUAUCUAUAUUGUUCCGUUCAAUCGCGAUUCCACAAGUCAAUCUAAAAAGAAGAGCACAGUUUCGAUCUCUUCCUUUAAAGAAAUGGGAGCGUUUCACGCAGAUGAUGAUUACAAUUACUUGUUCAAGGUUGUUUUGAUCGGGGAUUCAGGUGUCGGGAAAACCAAUCUUUUACUACGAUUCUCCGAGAACGAAUUCAACCUCGAAUCCAAAUCCAACAUCGGGGUUGAACAUGCCAUCUGUAGCAUCGUCGUUGAUAACAAGAUCAUCAAAGGCCAAAUGUGGGACACCGCGGGUAAAGAAAGAUAUCGAGCCAUAACUAGGGCGUAUUAUCGAGGAGCUGUAGGUGCAUUGAUCGUAUACGACAUCACACGUAGUAUAACAUUUGAAAAUGUUCAAAGAUGGUUGAAGGAGCUUCGGGAUCACACAGAUCAAAACAUCGUGAUCAUGCUCGUGGGGAACAGAAUGGAUCAGGCUAACUUACGAUCUGUCCAAAAAGAGGAUGCAAAGACAUUUGCAGAGAGAGAGAAUAUUAACUUAUUCAUGGAAACAUCGGCUCUCAACACGUUAAAUGUCAACAAUGCUUUCACCAAAGUGUUGACUCAGAUUUACCAUGUCGUGAGCAAGAAGAAGGAUGAUAAUCAUCAUUAUCAUCAAAUGGUUGAACCCAAGGGAGAAACGAUUAACGUUGGAGGUCGUAAAGAUGUCGAGAUCACAAGUGAAAAUGAUUAUGCUAUGGCAUCAAGAAUGUAUUUACUAGAAAAUGGCUCAACAAAUGUGCCCCCAAGGCUCUCUAGUGUUGAUAACUUCUCCAUUUGGAAGAACCGUAUGAUUGGUUUCCUAAACUUCGUUGACAGCAAAUUGGCAAUGCAUAUUCUAAGUGUCUCCUUGCCUGAUGAUAUUUAUCGUAUUGUCAUGUAUUGUGAGUCAGCAAAGGAAAUGUGGGACAUUCUGAUUGUCCUAUUUGAAGGUACCGGUGAUAAAGAGGGGGAGAUUGAGAAAUUAUGGUCAGGGUAG